AUGGAUUAUAAUAAUAUCAAGAUAAAUGCAGACACUGAACAAGAAUUUAUAGAUUUACUAAAGAAUACUUCACCAUCCGAUAUUCUAUCGUUAUUCUUUAAUACACAAUCACAAAGAGCUGCAAUAUACACGAGAUUCAAUAAGUAUGUACAUACUUAUAUUACAGUAGUAAUCUUUAUUAAUGUUAAAAUAUAUUUAUUACAAUGUAAUAGUGGAUUUAAACAAUUUUUAGUUGAUAAUAAUGAAGAAGAAUAUCAAAAGCUAUGUACAAGUGUAUCGACAAUGAUUUCAAAGAUCUCAAAAGAGAUCAUUCAUAUUGAGAACUCGUUGAAAGAUAUUAAACCAAAUUGGAGUGCAAUCAUCAAUCAGCUAAGAGAGUUGGAGAAAGCUAAAUUCCUAUUGACAUCACAACAACAGAUAUUGAAAACAGAGAUACAUUCAAAUACAUCGACAAAGAAAGAUGAAGAAGGAAACGAAUAUAGUAUGCCAACCACUGGUUGUUAUCAAGAGCAUAUCGAUCAAUGUAAUCAACAACUGACGGUUUGCAAUCAACAACUUGCACAAUGUAUAAACGAAAUCAACGAGAAACUUGAAGAACUACAAUAUGAAUUACAAGAUGAUGAAUCUGAAGUUACUACUCCUACAACAUCUACUUCAACAUGCAAUCAUGAUCAUCAUUAA